AUGCUUCCUCUUCUUCAACAAAGCUCUUCUUCAAAGUGCUUCCUCCUUACAUCAAGAUGCUUCCUCUCUUCAACAAAGUACUUCCUCUCGAUCAAGUGCUUCUCUCUUACAACAAGUACUUCCUCUCUUCAUUCAAGGUCCUAUCCUCUCUUCAUCAAGAUGCUUCCUCUCUUCUCAAAGUACUAUCCUCUCUUCAUCACCGAUGCUUACCUGCUCUUCAUUAAGAUGCCUUCCUCUCUUCCAUCAAGGUGCUUCCUCUCUCAUCAAGGUGCUUCCUCACUCCAUCAAUGCAUCCAUCAUCCACUUCCUCUUCUUCAUCAAGGGUGCUUCCUCUCUUCAUCAAGGUGCUUCCUCAACUCCUAUCUUGCAUCCAUCAGGCAGCCUCCCUCUCUUACAUCAAAGGUGCUUCCUCUCUUCGUCAAAGUACUUCCUCUUCUUUGCUCAGAUGCAGCUUUCUCGCUUCAUCAUGCGUUUUCCUCUCUCAACAAGUACUUUUUCCUCUCUCAUCAUGCAGCUUCCUCUCUGUCAUACAAAGUACUUCCUCUUUUCAUCAAGACUCUUGCCGUCUCUUUCAGACAAGUACUUCCCUCUCUUCAACAUUUACAGAUCUCCUCUUCAUUCAAACGUACUUCUCUCUUCAUCAAGAUUCUUCCUCUCUCAACCAAAGUACUUCUCUCUUCAUUAGAAUGCUUCCUCUCUUCAAAAAGUGCUUCCUUCUUAUCAAGGUGCUUCCUCUCUUCUUCAAGUACUUCCUCUCUUGAUCAAGAUGCUGUCUCUCUUCAACAAAGUGCUUCCUCUCUCUUCCAAGAUCGCUCCUCUCUUCUUCAAGUACUUCCUCUCUUCCAAUCAAGGUGCUUCCUUCUUCAACAAAGUGCUUCUCUCUUUCAUUAA